AUGCUGUCUCAUUUAAAGGAGCUCAAGGUUGAAAAGACGAGUUAUGAUCAUGUCGACAGUGCAAUUGAUAUGAGUCCAGGUGGCUUUAUGGAGACUCCUAGUGGUUCUACUAUUGUUGAAACUGGCAAGGUACAGCAAGAGCAAGAGUCAGUCGAACGCUAUGAUCACGAAGAGGACGAGAACUCGGACGCUGAUGCUUUUAGAAACAAAAUAGAGACGGAAACAUUGACUCAGGACCUGCGAUUUCGUGUCAAUGGUGUUGUUGUGGACCAUGAAGUAAAGGGAGGUGCGAGAAAUGGAUGGGAAGGUGUCUAUGAGAUCAUGUUUAAGAGCUCUACACCCACGGGUCAACGUGUAGCACUUGUGCUGCUCGUAAUGGUGUCAAUGAGUGUUGUAGUUGCUGUACUGGACAGUGUGGACGACAUUCGAGAUGACAUUGGAGAUUACUUAUUGGCGCUCGAGGCAUUCUUUACAAUUGUAUUCUCGGUGGAAUACCUUUUGCGAAUGGUGUCACUUCGGAAUCCAACCAGAUUUGUCUUCAGCUUGAUGGGGUUUGUUGACAUGUGUGCACUGAUACCAUCGUACUUGGGCUUCGUCCUCCCAGAUGCGAGACCGUUGCUGCACUUGGCGGUGCUGCGGAUUUUCCGAGUGAUGCGCGUGUUUCGUUUGCUGCGACUUGCGCGCUUUGUGGACGCUGCUGCUGCACUGAGUGACAACAUUCAGUCAAACAAGAGGCGGAUUGCAGUUUUUCUUGUAGCGCUAUUCACGAUGAUUAUUGUCAUUGGAUGCGCCAUGUAUCUUAUCGAAGGUGACCGUCACGACUUUUCAAACAUUCCUAUCAGCUUAUACUGGACAGUGGUGACCAUGACUACCGUGGGAUAUGGUGACAUUUCGCCAGAGACCAUUUUGGGCCGUGUGCUGGCUACUGUCGUCAUGUUUGUGGGCUAUGGAAUUAUUGCCUGCCCACUAGUGUUGAACCAGGCAGGAUCCCAGGACGUCCUGACUGAAGUGAUUGAGUGCCCUCGUUGCUUUCGAAGGCUGCACCAAUAUGACGCCAGCUUCUGUCGCGUGUGUGGCACGCCACUUCGCCAGCCUCGCGCUAAGAAUAUUAAGGCGCAUCGCGACCGCCGUCGUCGCCUCGCGAAGCUUCGGCUACCAAUUCCAGAUGAUAGUUUACUGCUCUCAACCACGUCGACAAGAAGGUCGAACGUCAACUUGCUUUCGGAAGAAUUGGAUUCGACGCGGACUGUCGACAAGAAAGCUUGA